AUGUCGCACAUCUUCCCCUGGCCCACCCUCCGCACUGCUGAGCCGAGUUCUGCUGUCGGCUAUCAGCUCCUGGCCACCGGGCCGGAGCAGACGGUGGCGGUGGUCUCGCUGCACUCGCCGCCUGUCAAUGCCCUCUCCCACGCCUUGCGCAAGGGCAUUGCUGCUGGACUUGAUGCUGCUGUGGCUGAUGGUGCUGCUGCUCUUGUCAUCGUGGCAGAGGGCAAAACAUUCCCGGCUGGCGCAGACAUCUCCGAGUUUGCCACCGGCAAGGCCAUGGCCAAGCCUGUCCUCACCGACCUCAUCGCCGACCUCGACGCCCCCGAUCUCCCACUGCUGACCCUUGCCGCCAUGCAUGGCACUGCCUUUGGUGGUGGCCUCGAGCUCGCGCUCGCAACCCACUACCGCAUCGCUUUGCCCGGUACCCUCCUCGGCCUGCCCGAGGUCGGCCUCGGCUUGCUGCCCGGCGCCGGUGGCACCCAGCGCCUGCCGCGCCUGCUCGGCCUCGUCGACGCCGCAAAGGCCAUCACCACUGGCCGCCCCAUCAAGGCCGACAAGGCUCUCAAGGCCGGCCUCCUCGACGCCGUCGUCAGCCCGCCGCCGCCGCCAGGCACCCCGCUCACCGCCGCCCUGGCCAACACCGCCGUCGCCUACGCUGUCGACAUUCUCGCCGCCCAUGCCGCCGCAGGCACGUCGCCGGCCGCUACUCGCAGGGUUUCGGCCCUCCCGGUGCCUGGCGGCGCGAGCAAGGCCAUGAUCGAGGCCAUCAAGGCCAAGACUGUCGCCGCCUCGCGCGGCUUUGAGGCCCCGGGCGUCAUCAUCGACGCCAUCGCCGGCGUCCUCGAGCCGACCUUUGACGAGGGCCUUGCCGUCGAAGCCAACGCCUUUGUGCAGCUCUUCACCUCGACCCAGGCCCGCGCCUUGCAGGCGUUUUUCUUUGCCGAGCGCGCUGCAUCCAAGGUCCCGGGCGUGAACCCGCGUGACGCCGUCGCCCUGCGCAAGCUCGGCAUCGUCGGCGCGGGUACCAUGGGCUCCGGCAUCGCACUUGCGGCGCUCAAGGCCAAGCGCCCGCUUGCGGUUGUCCUCCUCGACGUCUCGCGCGACUCGCUCGACGCCGCCGCCGACCGGAUCGUCGCCUACUUGGACUCGCGGGUGGCCAAAGGCCGGAUGACCCGCGCUGCCGCCGACGAUGCCCUCGCCCGCAUCACUUACGCCACCGACUACAGCUCGCUCGCCGACGCCGACAUGGUCAUCGAAGCCGUCUUUGAGAAGCUUGCCCUCAAGAAGAAGAUCUUUGCCUCGCUUGACGCCGUUUGCAAGGCGGAUGCCAUUCUCGCCUCCAACACCUCGACGCUCAACAUCGAUGCCAUCGCCGCCGCCACCUCCCGCCCACAUGCCGUCGUCGGUACGCACUUCUUCGCCCCUGCUCAUGUCAUGCCGCUGCUGGAGAACAUCCGCGGCGCGGCCUCGGGCUCCGCCGCCCUCGCCUCCUCCAUGGCCCUCGGCAAGAUCCUAGGCAAGAAGGCCAUCAUGGUCGGCAAUUGCCCGGGCUUUCUUGCCAACCGCAUCUUUGCCAACUACUUUAACGAGUCAGCCCUGCUCGUCGAAGAAGGAGUGCCGUACGACGCUGUCGACGCCGCCGCCCGUGCCUUUGGGCUGCCCAUGGGCCCGUUCCAGACCGCGGACCUCUCCGGCCUCGACAUUGGCGCCUCCAUCCGCAAGGAAAAGGUCUACGCCGCCAUCCAUGGCGCGCGCACCUCGUCGCUGCCCGAUAAGCUCGUCGACGCUGGCCGCUACGGCCAGAAGACAGGCGCAGGCUGGUACAAGUACGACGGCCGCAAGGCUGUCGUCGAUCCCUACGUCACCCGCCUCGUCACCGAACACAUCGCCGCCCUUCCGUCGUCCACUGCCGCAGGUGCCCCGCCGCUCGACUCAGAUGACGCCAUUGUUCUCCGCCUCCUCCUCCCUGUCGUCCUCGAGGGCCUCCGCUGCCUUGAGGAAGGCAUCGCCCUCCGUGCCUCGGACAUCGACGUCGCCGCUGUCUAUGGCUACGGCUGGCCGCGCUACCGCUGCGGGCCCAUGUGGUGGGCCGAGAACGAGCUCGGCUGGGACGAUGUCCUCGAUGCCUGCAACGACAUGCAGCCGCUCUGGGCUGGCCAGCCCUAUCUCCGGCCACCGGCCCUCCUCACCCUCCUCGCCGAAGAGGAUAUGACCCUCCGGGAGUGGGCCAAAGCCAACACGUCCAAGCUCUAG